GUACGUAUAGAAAUAUCAUUUAUAAGUGGCGAACAUGGCGAUUUUAUGCCUUUUGAUGGACCACAGGGUGUUCUUUCUCAUAAUCUAUCUCCAGGCCGCGGGACAGUUCACUUUGAUGAUUCUGAAAAUUGGACUAUUGGAACUAAUAGAGGAAUAAAUUUACAUCAAGUAGCACUUCAUGCAAUUGGUCAUAUUUUGGGUCUAGAUCAUUCUUUAGAAAAUAAUGCAGUUAUGAGACCUUUUUAUAAACCAUACAGUCAAGGGUUCAAACUGCAAAAAGAUGAUAUUCAGGGAGCUCAAGCGAUGUAUGGACCAAGAGUUCCAUUAGAUGAAGAUUAUGAUAAUACUGAAGAAAAAUUUGGAAAUAAUGAUAUAUAUCUAUGCUCGAAUCCAAAAAUUGAUACUAUUUUUAAUUCGAAUGCGGGUGAAACAUUUUUAUUUAAGGGUAAUUAUUACUGGAAGCUUAAAAAAAAUGAACUUAGUUUUGGUUACCCAAAAUACAUUAAUCAAACAUGGAAAGGGCUACCAGCUCAAAUAGAUUCUGCAUUCACUCAUAAAAAUAAUGGUUAUACAUAUUUUUUUCAAAAUACAAAGUAUUGGAAAUAUUUUGACACAAAAAUGCUAGAUGGAUAUCCGAAAGAUAUUUCAAAGGGAUUUACGGGUAUACCAAAUAAAAUUGAUGCAGUAUUACCAUUUAAUGAAGAUAAAAAUGUUAUUUACUUUUUUAAAGGAACACACUAUUGGGUAUAUAAUGACGCAGAAACUCCUCCUGUAGCCAAUACGUAUCCAAAACGGAUAUAUGAUUUGUUAGGUCUUACAGAUAGCAUAGAUGAUAUAUUGUAUUAUUCUGAUGGUUACGUUUAUGUUUUUAAAGACAAUGAUUUUUAUAAAUACAGUGAUUUUUCAUUUGGUGUGUAUAACUCUAUUCCACCAGUUCCACAAAAAAUUGCCAAAAACUGGUAUGGAUGUAAUCUAUAAGAAAUAAAACAGUAUACAUAGCAAAACUUGUAAGUUUCAAGUAAACUUGAAACAUUUUUCAUAAUAUAACACAAAAAAAAAAUUAAUUAUCAUUAAUUCAGUAUGUUCUAAAGAAUAUGUCUUAAUUUCAGUGUUUAUAAGUCUAAUAUUUAUUACAAUAUGACAAAUUUUAACCAUGACAUUGAAUUCAGCCUUAAUAAAAUAUAACCAUAUUAUGGCGAAAAAAAAUUAA